AUGUCUGACGGCUCCGAUAUCGAGAUGCGGUCGACACUGCCAAAGAAGCAAACGAAAAAAAUUCCGAGGAGCCCAUCUGAAGAAAUAUUAAAAGUAAAUCAAGAACCGAAGAAAGUAAGCACAAAAGUUAUGAUUCAUCAAGCUUUAACUGAUCUAAAGAGCAGGAAGGGGACUUCACUUUACGCCAUCAAGAAGUAUAUACACGAGAAAUUUAAUGUAGACGUCAAAAAAAUAAACAGCAUUAUCAAAAAACUUAUUAAAGCUGAAGUUGAAGCGGGAACCAUAAUACAAACGAAAGGGAUCGGCGCCUCCGGAUCUUUCAAAUUAGUGGUCGGAAAAGAUAAAGUUGAAAAAAAGAAAGCGAAAACAAAAAAACUCGCCGAGAAAAUCAAAGAGUCCGAUGAUAAACCUACGAGUAAAAAGUCUAUCAAACCAAAAACAGAGGCGAAAACAAAAAAGAACCUUGAAAAAAAAUCAAAAAAGAAAGAAAACGUGGAUAACAUAGUGGAAGUUAAUCAAAAGAAAGUUAAAGCAAAAGAAGGAAGAAAAGAAGGUAAAGAAGGUAAAGACGGUAAAAUGAAAAAAACACAUGCUAAGAAAUUGGCGAAAGGAAUGCCAACUCCCGCCAAAAAGAGGGCCGCCAUGAUGAGAAGAAGAAGCAUCGGUUCGAUCAUAAAGCCGCCAAAGAUGAAGCCUAAAGCAAAUGCUUGA